CGCCGCUUCCUUCACCGCAAAAUCCUCCGGCUUACGGCGCCCCGCUAUCUCCGAUCGGAAGCAGAGUCGAUUCCGCGGAGCUCCAUCGAUCCGUCCGGUCCGCGGUUCGCCGGCGAGGAGAGGCGAGAGAGAGAGAGAGAGAGAGAGAGAGAUGUCGGGGCGCGGGAAGGGAGGGAAGGGGCUGGGCAAGGGAGGGGCGAAGCGGCACCGCAAGGUCCUCCGCGACAACAUCCAGGGGAUCACGAAGCCGGCGAUCCGCCGCCUGGCGCGGCGGGGCGGCGUGAAGCGCAUAAGCGGGCUGAUCUACGAGGAGACCCGCGGCGUCCUCAAGAUCUUCCUCGAGAACGUGAUCAGGGACGCCGUCACCUACACCGAGCACGCCCGCCGCAAGACGGUGACGGCCAUGGACGUCGUCUACGCGCUCAAGAGGCAGGGCCGGACCCUCUACGGGUUCGGCGGUUAGGGCGGGGUUUAGACGGGGGUUAACGAGGGAAAGAGCAAGUCUUGCUGUCAAGAAGGAGGAAGAAGGGAGGUUUUUUUGGGGGGUUUCUCAUUUUGGGGCGGUAGAUUGGGGGUGAAAUUAGGGUUCCGGUGGGGGAUUGGGUUGCGGGUUUUUCAAAGGGUUAUCUUGUAAAGGAAGGAUCUUGGCUGGAGUUAGGAAUGGGUGGGUACUUGGGAGAUACUGUUUAUCCAUAGUUCUAUGUGUGUACUGUAAAUUUGCCCUGAUGCUUAUUGAGCUUCAUUUCUUGGCAUUUUGAAUUCCGGUGGUUUCGUCCUUGCUUAAUACUAAUCUGGAAGAAGAUUCAAGUGGA